AUGGGUGAUGAGUCAGGUUACGAUAUAUGUGAAUGUAUACAAUCUCACAACGGGGCCAUGCGCCAACUGUUGGGAAUAUUAAGACAGACUCAGGAGUAUUGUAGUGACAGCUCUUGCGUUGAUGAUUUAUCUCAUACACCUCAAAGUAACCAAGAUCCAAUGUCCGGUACCUACAUCAUGACGUUCGUGGCGAUGCUAGCGGUUUUCGCUGCAGUACUGUUUGGCUUGCCACGCUUUCGGUCAUCAGAUGGGAAGCCUCGCAACAACUUCCAGGGACCAAAUCGUGAUCCACCAGCAAUCUCGUAACUCUCAUGAAGAAAGGAUUUACUAUUGUGAUUCUUAUCUCCUUUCAUAAAUAAAAUAAGAUAAAUGUAACAUAAGGAUCUACAUACAAAGAGAUUUCUAACUUCAAAGAUACUUCUUUGCCUUUCAUUUCUUUCAAAAAAUUAUGGUAACCCAGAUUGACAAAGGUCAAUUUCUUUUUUAAAUGAAGUUGAUCUGGAAAAACAUUUCUAAGAUUCGUCUGUUUUCAUCUAACUUUCUAAAUAAUUGACAAAUUAUUUAAGAAUAGCGUCCAUUUUAUUUGUUUAAAUAAGUGAACAUGUUUCUACUUUUUUGUAUGCUUGUCGAUUUUUCUCCCUUAUUUUUUCUUCUGACUCACCCAUUUUUUUAUUAUAAAGUGAGGAAGAAGCUUACAUUACUUCUACUAUUAAUAUGAAAAUGACGAUAACUACUGAUAUGGAUAAUAUUAUUUAUUAUUUUUUGUACUGACGAAAGUUCAACGACUUUUCUCAGAAAGCUAAAAGAGAUGCAUCUGUCCUUUA